AAGGAUGUAGACAGGAAGUGAAGGCUGUAGACAGGAAGUGAAGGAUGUAGACCGGAAGUGAAGGCUGUAGACAGGAAGAGAGGGAUCUGAGAAGCAGCUGAGAAGUCCAACCUGUGGAUUUAGACAACUGCUUCAGACAUUAGAAGUCUAGGUUUGGGUGUAAAGAACAUUUUUUAGUUCAGUCUCAAACACGGAGAACUUUGAGCUCAAUGACUUGAUGAGUUGAGAUGUUGACGGACUUUUCUUCGGUUUGUUUUUCUCGCUGCAGGUUGUAGGAGCUGAUGGACUAUGGACCUGCUGCUCUCUCGACCAAACAUCAUAGGCUUCAGGGUUCUGCUGGGUUCAUGGAAGUUCAGCACCCCGCUGCGUAUUUAGCUAGCAGGAAGGAGCAGGUUGCUAAACUGGCCACUAUGUCUCAGCCAGGUAAAGUUCUCCACCUGUAUGUGGAAGUCCGGUCCGUUUCGGAAGAGGAUGAGAAGUUCCUGGGCCGAGGCGAUGGUGGAACCAACCAGUUGAUGCUGCAAUGUUCAGAUCUCGUCUCUAACUCCCAAAGGAGCUCCAGCCAGUCCAGUCCAAACCGGAGUCCAGAUCUUUCUCCGGAGGUACCGCGCUGUUCAGCGAGGGCGAACUACUGCUCCCCUAAGUCUUCUUCUAGGCAUUCAGUCAGCUUCCAGCUCCAGAACCCUCACUCCUCUGCAGCCCAGUUACACCAUCAGGAAACUUUGGAUGAAAGUUUUGAUCCCUCCUUUCAAUCUUCUACAUCCUCACACUGGCUGACUGUCCCCUCCACCUACACCACCCGUUCCAGGUCUUGUGAGGUCCCAGAGACGGUGGAUGAAGAUGGACGGAUGUCUUUGGUGUCCUUUGGGUACAUAGAGAAAGGCAGCGUCAGCAGCAUGGCUGCACACCAACAGGAUCCUAACAGAAGAACCGAGGGCCAGCAGCUUGCUGCUCAUCUGACGAAGAGGAUGAGUGACCCAAUAUGGUACGACGAUGAAACCUUACAUGGCAACAGCCACCAACAGCAGCCCAGGAGAGACUCCUCAUGGGGGCAACCCUACCUUUCAAAGGCAACCAUGGAUGCUGUGGCCAGAGACGCUACCCACCGGGCCUUAGAGGAGUUUGGGUCUCCAGAACUAAGACGCAGGUUUGCAGGCCAUGCUUCAGGGAGCCACAAUCCAUCUUUACCUCGACCCUCUCAGCCUCCUCGCUGCCGGUCUUUGGGUGGAUCACCCGUCCUGUCCCGCAGUACUCUGACCCUACCGUCCAGGACUGAGCUCCUGGAGAUGGAUCGAAGGUUCUGUCAUGGUUCAGUGAAUGGAUUACCCAGAAGUCCUGCGUCUGACCGCCUAUGUGCUCAAACCGGAGAUUCUUUCUACUCAAUGGCCCGACCACAAGGUCCUACUCAAAGCCCACAGAAGUCCUGGCUGCAUGAAGAUGGUCACAGGUUGCCCUAUAAAUUUCACCCCCCAUUACCUGCAGGAAGACCCACAGACAUUCAGCAUGAGAUUCCUUUUAGGACUGAGCACCAAGCUGGGAGCUCCUGCCAUGGUGUUGGUACCAGGACCAGCACCAGUCAUCCUGCAGCAGAACCUGUGAGCUUCAACUCCAAUGAUCCCCGCAGUAGGAGUCCGUACCAUCUGUCCCGCUGUAGCAGCAGAACCAGCGAUGCAAACAGUCCCAUCAGUGACAGGAGGAGCAUCUCUCCAUACUCCAUCUCUGAUCUGGAUUGUAAGUUUCUUGGAGAGUCCAACAGAAUCUCUGCUGGUUCUGCAGACAGACGUUACAAAUGGACCCCCUCUCCAACUCCCUCUGACGCUGAUUCUGUGAGAUCUGAGAGUCCCAAACAUUCAGGGACGUUCCCAAAAGAAUCUCCUCUAUGGCAAUCUCCCCUUGAGGCUUUGCAGACGGAGAACUGGAACCAGAAUCGGAAACCAGAAACAUUUUUACCUCAAACGAAACCAGGACGCAUUUCUCCUGGAACGUCCAAAAGAGCUCCACCAGUGUCUCCUGCCUUGCUAAGUAAGUUGGAUUGGGUACCUGCUUCCGGGUCGCCCAUGUUGGACCCCCGACUGACGCGGACAUCGUCACCAUCUAAAGAUGGGUCCAACUUGCACCGGUAUCAGUCAACCCAGCACACCAGAGACCAUAGACCUCAGGUCCUGGAGCAGAGGCAGCAUGAUGAUCUGCUGGACGGGUCACCAGCAUCCAGCCCCGAGGUCCCCAGAAGAAACGCAUCCAGCCAGAGGGCAGAGUGUCUGCCGGGGAGGUGGACCUCCAAAGGACAAACUGUCCAUCAGUCGUCUUCUGGAGUUCACACUCAGAGCAGCGAUCAGUGCUGUAGACCGGAUGCUCGAGGAGUCCAUAAACAGCUGGCCCAGGAGUGCCAGCUGCUGGUUCUAGGAAUGGCCAAGAACCAGAAAGAGACUCAGGAUCAUGGUGCACCCCCCGGGACGUUGUCCUCCAGCUCCAGUGGGGUCACAGGAAGCCUGGGACACAGCGUGUCCCCUGAAACCUCCAGCCAGUCCAGCCACGGUACUACGGACGGCGGUUCUGGGAUGCAGGUUGGCUGGACGGGAUGGGAGAGGCGGGACGGGUCCACGUCGGACCGGACCGCUCCAUCCAGCCCUUCGUCUCGGUCCCAGAAGAUCGCCAGGGCGAAGUGGGACUUCCUGUUUGGAGGCCCGACGGAUCCGGGCCGCCGAAGCAGAGACGUUUCGUCCGUCACGCCACCGACCAGCGGCUCGUCCAGCCCCACCCCGCCCUCCUCCCUCCACCUGCAGCCGACCAAUCAGAGGAGGGGGCGGGACCAGCAGAACCAGAAGCUCUCUCAUCACGAGGUCCAGCAGGUCGAGGUGGAGCUGGUGACCCCUGACCCCCGAGGCCCCGCCCCAAAGACCGGCAUCAUCCGGCGGUCCAUUAAGUACUCUGAGACGGACCUGGACGCCGUGCCGCUGCGCUGCUACCGGGAGACGGACCUGGACGAGGUGAUGCGAGCGGAGGCCGAGGCCGCCGAAGAGGCCGAUCUGGGUUUCAGCCGCAGCGUUCUGGGAAAGUCCUGCUUCAGCCCGGAGGACGGGUCGUCCAGGGAGCAGAACGGCCAGGUGGACGAGGAAGAUGAGGAGGAGGAGGAGGGCGUGGCCAGCUGGGCCAGCGUCCGCAUGCAGGGCGACCGCCAGCGGCAGCGCGCCGCCAGAGAGGAAGACGAGGUCCUCAGUCUGCUGCUGAAGGGAACCACGGCGCCGCCGUCCGAGGCCCACGGCGGCCUGAAGUCGCCGGUGGCGGCGGGCGUCGCCCGGCGACCGUCGGAGAGCCAGCUGGAUUCGUUCAGCCGCCACUUCGAGAGCAUCAUGGAGUCGCACCGCGCCAAGGGGACGUCCUACAGCAGCCUGGACAGCGUGGACCUGCUCACCUCCGGGUCCACCUCCGUCUUCACCUUCGACCUGCCCACGCUCACCCCCGAGAUACAGAGCCAGAUCUGCGAGAGCGCCAAGCAGAUCCUGGAGCUGAGCUUCGCUCCGCUGACCCGGCCCGAGUCGUCCUCCGACACGGCCCUCGGCGCCGGGCCGGGCCCCCCGGUCCGGUCCCGGUCUGAGAAGGACACGUGGCGCCGCUCCAUCGUCAGAGACAGCUUCAGGAAGGCGACAUCGGUGCCAGCGCUGCACAGCAGGUGAGUCCGACCCAAAGGUUCUGAUCCAGACGGCUGCUUGUGACGGGUUCUGCUGGCUGGUUCUGUUCUGAGUUCUGCAGGUCGGGUUUUAGCAGAGAUUCUGUUUCUGGACCUUCUGACUGUAGGGCCUGCUGCAGUACCACCGAGUGGCCACAUGGGGGUAGCACCUCCACGCGGUUCUGGUCGUGUUGACUGGUUCUGAUCAGCAGCAGAACCAUCAGAACCCAUUCAGAUUAGACCAUAGUUAACAGAACCAGCCGCUGCGGAAAACCCGAUCAGUCUCUUAAGAUCAGAACAAACCCGGAAACCAGAACGGAUCCGAUCAGAACCCUGCAGAACCGUUUGGGUCCAUCACCGACCGCUUCACUGCAUCGGCCCGAUUAUAGGUACAGACAGAACCAAGAUGCGGGGAGCGACCCGUCCAAACGGACCGGACCGGUUCCGAUUCCCGACCGCCGGGAUUUUACUGUUCAGAGAUGGAAACUAAAACCGAAGAGGAAAACAAAAUUAAAAAUCUGACGCACAUCGUGGCCAGCCGGACUCGGCCCGGUUGGACCUCGGCCCGGUUGGACCUCGGCCCAGUUGGACCUCGG